AGUCCAGAUUAGGAAAACGUAGAAGAAGUAUGAGUCCUCUCGGCUGACAGUCCGCCAUGCUCACCCUGCUGCACCACUGUGGUCGUACCUCACUGACAUUCAGGACAAUUCAGACAGUCACUACAAGUUCCUACACGACACAGAUGGCUAAGCGCGUGGCUGUGGUGUUGGCGGGCUGCGGAGUUUAUGAUGGCAGUGAGAUCCACGAGGCUUCCGCUGUUUUGGUCCAUCUGAGCAGAGGAGGUGCAAGUGUAAACAUGUUUGCCCCCAACAUUGAGCAGAUGCAUGUGGUGAAUCACCUGAAAGGUGAGCCGUCUGAGGAGAAGAGAAACGUGUUGGUGGAGAGCGCAAGACUGGCCCGUGGAAACAUCCAGGACCUGUCUAAGCUCAGUGUCAAAGACCAUGAUGCUAUUAUAUUCCCAGGUGGUUUUGGUGCAGCGAAGAACCUCUCUACAUGGGCCGUGAAGGGGAAGGACUGCUCCGUUAAUGACGAGGUUAAGGCCGUGCUGCAGGCGUUCCACGGCGAGGGUAAACCCAUCGGCCUCUGCUGCAUCUCACCUGUCCUGGCUGCCAAAGUGUUUCCUGGCUGUGAGGUCACCGUCGGUAUCGAGAAGGAUGAAAAGUAUCCUGACACUACUGACACGGCAGCGGCCAUCAACCAAUUGGGCUGCAAGCACGUGAGUAAGAGUGUCAGCGAGAGCCACGUGGACGAGAAGAACAAGCUGAUCACCACCUCUGCGUUCAUGUGCAACGCUCCGAUACAUGAGAUAUUUGAUGGCAUCGGAGCGAUGGUGCAGGACGUGUUGAAACUCUCCUGAUUGUGCUAAUUACUCACAAGAUGGUGGAAACAAAGGAAAGAAUGGGUGGCUGUCGUUUUAGAGAGCUUAACGGUAGCUGCAUGCUGAACGGAGAUAAAAUUACGUUUCAGUAACUCCUUGCUCAAAAGCAACUUCCAGAUACUAAAAUAUACGUGUGUGUAGUAGCAGCAUGCAUUGUCUUGUUUAUUUUUGUUCUGUUUGAUUCAAUUGUAUUGGAUUAUAUUCUGAUGCAGUGGAUCAUAUUUUAGAACAUCAACAGAUAUUGUACAAAAGAAAAUGCAAUAAAAUGAAAAAUUUCA